AUGGCUAGGGCCCAGGCUGCUGCCUGGCCGGUGAGUAAACUCAUGACGAAGGCUACCCUGGACUGUGAGGUGGCAUUUGUAGCUGGCUGCUGGCUAAAAACUAAGGAGCAGUGGUGUAAGAACUGUGAGCAGGUCCCUAAAUCCCCUGAAUACCUGGCUGGGAUCGGGAUGUAUGGUUCUCUGGCCAGUGGGGCUGAGGUGGUGCUCGGGAAAGUCCACCACAUCCUGGACUUUCAGAUUGCGUCUCUUCCUGGUGGAUGUUUGGUUCUGGCAGAUCGGCCUCCACUGAAGCGCGGGAGAAGCUUUCCUUUCCUGAUACCCGACAUGUCUGAGCUGAGGGUUGUUCUGCUGGGGAACAGCUGGUCUCAGAGGAGUUCAGUGGGGAACUUCAUACUGGGACAGACUGUGUUCAACACUGAGGGAGAACCAGACCGCGGUCUGAGAGUCAGAGGACAGUUAAAGGACAAAGAAAUAGUUCUCAUCAACACACCUGAUCUGCUGCAUCCAAACAUCUCUGAACACAAACUGACAGAGUUGAUAGAAAACUGUGUGAGACUCUCUGAUCCUGGACCUCAUGUGUUCCUGCUGGUUCUGCAGCCUGAAGACUUCACUGAGCAACACAAACAGAGGCUCUGCAGCUUCCUUCAACUCUUCAGUGAUCAAUCAUUUGAUCAAUCACUGGUGCUGAUAUCAACACCCAGAGAGGAGAGUCCAGGUUUGAUGGAAAAGUAUCAGCAACAUCCUCCAUUAAAGGACAUGAUCAGACAGUGUCGCUACAGGUUUCUGUGGCAGAAGAAUGUUGACCUUCCAGAGCUGUUAACACGUUUGGGUCAAGUCGUAAAGGAGAACAAUGGAGAACAUGUCAGCUGUGAAGCAUUUGCAGACACAACAUCUACUUUAGCAGCUGAUCAUCAAACGCCAAAGCAAACAGAAAGACAGUCUUCUAUCAUGGGUGUUAAAGCUGCUGAUCAGGUGAAGGAGCUCAAAAGGAUGAAGAUGAGGAAGGGUACUGAAGCUCCAGACUGCUCAGGGACUGUGCAGAUCAGCUCUGUGGAGUCGUUCAGCACAUCUACAACAUGA